CCGAGGCACGCGGGCGCGUCCAACUUUGGUCCAAUGGAAGGCCGACUUUUGGGAUGCGUCGCGUAGGGGAGGUUCGGUCUCCGGGAGUCGUUGCGCAACUGCGGCCGACAGCAUAAAAGACCCCGGGAGCAGCUCAUCGGCGGGAGCUGACUUCCGACCGCCGGCUAACGAGGCAAACGCCGUCCGUCUCGUUUCAAAGCAGAAUGCUGCGCUACGCGGUGUCCCUGUGUUUCCUGGCCCUGGCUUGGGCGCAGGACUGCCAAGUGUCCAACUUUCAGGUCGUGCAGAAUUUCGACAGAAACAGGUACGCAGGGACCUGGUACGCCGUCGCAAAGAAGGACCCCGAAGGUUUGUUCCUGAUCGACGACAUCGUGGCGCAGUUUAUCGUCGCACAAGACGGCACGAUGACCGCCACGGCUCAAGGCAGAGUCAACAUUCUCAACAACUGGAAUACGUGCGCCCACAUGAUCGCCACCUUCGAGGAAACCGGAGAGCCGGCUAAAUUCAGGAUGAAAUAUUGGGGAGCGGCCGCCUACCUGCAGACCGGAAAUGACAACCACUGGGUCAUCGACACAGACUACGACAACUACGCCGUCCAUUACUCGUGCCGACUGCUCGACGAGGACGGCAGCUGUCUGGACAGCUACUCCUUCAUCUUCUCCAGACACAUCACGGGUCUGAGGGCGGAGGACCAGCCCAAGGUCACCCAGAAGAAGGCAGAACUGUGCCUGCUGGGCAAGUACAGACGCGUCCCGCACAACGGCUUCUGCACGGCCAACGAUCAAUCUCUUCCCAGCCAGGAACAUGCUUAUUGAAGCACCCGCGAGAGGCGCGGCGGCUCCCUCAACUUCCUCCGUUUCAACGGAACGACAGCCUAUUGCUUGAUAGACGCAAAGCAGAAAAUGCCACGAGUGUCGCCGUUACCCAUUUCUCACGUCCCCGGUUGUCCUUCUACAUUAGCCUCUGGUCGCGUGAAGCUUCUUCUUCUCACUGAUGGGGGCGAGUUGCUCAACUGCAGUCGGGAAACGUGUCUACUUAAGAGAAAGGCAAUGUUAGCAAACUGUAUAUUUUACUGAUAGAGCCACGUUUGGUUUUCAAGUCGGGCCGAGCUCUCGGACGGAGCACCCCGCACGAUGAGUCCACCCGCCAUGUUUACAAGGGAAAAAAAAAACAGGUUUCCAAAAUCCCUGGCGUUGCCUUGACAUUUUUGUCUCCUUGUUCACAAGCAGACUUUGUUAAUAAUCCUUCAUGGACAUAUUAAGACACGGGCUUGGUAUUAUACAGCGUCGACGAUACGCAUUUCAUUCGACGUACUUGAUAAUAGUUUUGUGAAAUAAAACACGCAUACUCUUGGCCGAU